AUGCUUGUGAAGAAUAGCGGGUGUUUGCUUGUCGUUUUGGUUGGCGUCUAUUUAUUCGAUAGUUUUGUGGACAGCGCUCAAGCAAAGGGCAAUCCGCAUGCAGUGAUAGUCGUUAAAUCUGGUCGUACAUCCAAAUUUCAUCCACUUCGCUCGGUUGAUAAUUUAACGUUGUGGUGUCAAGCAGAAGAACGUGGAAGUGCGUUACGGAUAAAAUCAGCUAAGUUCAUACGAAAAAAGGAUGGUACUGCUUUGACGGCGACGUUGAGCGAUGAUGGUAAACGUGCAUCGUAUUAUUUGGGUGAAGCUACAGUCAAUGAAGCUGGUAAUUACACUUGCAAGCUAACAACGACCAGUGGUCAAGUGAGUGGGAAUCAUCAAGUUUUUGUUCGACCAGUACUGGUUGCUAGUGAAUCAGAUCGCCUGGAUAGUGUCGAAAAUGAUGCAUUUCGUUUCGAUGGUCUUGGUGUAACAGCUGUUCUCGGCCGCAACAUUAAUCUGACAUGUCCAGUGAUCGCAUUCCCUAGCGCACGCUUUGCAUGGUCCAAGGAUGGCAAGUCGCUUGUUGAUGACGGUGAACAUAUCCGUUUUGGAUCUGACGGUAUUCUUCAGUUGUUCAAAGUAACCGACGAAGAUAGAGGCGUUUAUGAGUGUACGGCCAAAAAUGAAUUUCCUGUCAAUGGACACAAUCAGAUAAAUCAAGUGAUUCUUUUGAGGCGACUUCGUCUCAAAAGUAACGUUUUCACUGCUGUUGUCCGUUAA